CCGAGUGUCUUUCCUUUAAGACAAGUUAACAACAGCUUGUUUCUUAAUCCCACACUAAUGGAGUAGGUUUUCCAGGGAAGAUGAAAUGGCCUCCAUGCAGGCUGGAGAUCAGUGCCCUUUUAAGAAAUGAAAGAGAAGCUAGUAGCACAGGCUAUUACCUUUACAAACUGCCUGUAUAAAUGGGUGGGCCAGCACUGGCACAGUGAAAGAAACGGCUGGCAGGCGGCUGGAAAGCGAUUCUGCUGGUAGCAGGAGCAGUUGAAAAUGCCUCGCUCUGUGGAGGGCAGCCUCACUCUUGGAGCGUGAUGCAACUUUGCUGCAGGAACAAAGUAUGGUGGUCAAAUGUGGAACGGAGUGCAGAGUUUUCUGCUUCCUUACAAACCUCAGCUGCUUCCCCUUCUGCUGCCGUGUCUUCUGAAAAGCAACCUUCAAGUCUUUAUGGUUGUUGACAUAAAGUCUGAACACGUGUGGGUAAUUCUAAGAAGGCCGAUGAGUUGAGCCAUCUUCAUGUGAUGCCCAUGGGGAUACCACGGCAUGGAUGGAGGAAGGGAAGAGCCAGAUUGCAGCUGCUGCUCCUGGACAACCAUCUGUCAGGGAUGCUUUAGGGUGGAUUCCUGCAUUGAGCAGGGGGUUGGACUAGAUGGCCUUGUAGGACCCUUCCAACUCUGCUAUUCUAUGAUUCUAUGAUUCUUGUUGACCUUCACUAAUUGCUUGUGUCUUCUGAACGAGAGCCUACUUGUGUAUGAGCUGUGCACAUGCAGGCUCCAUUCUGCAUGAGAGAUGUGCACUCUUCAAAAGAAGCAAUGGCAAAAUAUGGAUUGCGCAGAGGGAGCCCACCGUGUGCAAAAGCUUCCGUUCAGAGAUUUGGAUCAACAUAUGGAGAUCCAGAGAUGGGAUCGGUGGGCGUCAUCCUCCUCCCGGCUUUCAGCCCAUGAGCUGGUUGUUUUGAAUAGCUCCAAGCAUAUUGAGAAGGCCGAUUCCUACAAGUUUCUUCACCCCUGGCUUGGCACAGGACUUCUAACAAGCACUGGAGGCAAAUGGCGGUCCAGAAGAAAAAUGUUAACUCCAACCUUCCAUUUCACCAUCUUAGACGAUUUCCUUGACGUGAUGAAUGAACAAGCCCAUAUCCUUGUUCAGAAACUUGAAAAACAUGUGGACAAAGAGCCAUUUGAUUGCUUUUUAGACAUCACGCUCUGUGCCCUUGACAUCAUCUGUGAAACAGCGAUGGGCAAGAACAUUGGUGCUCAAAACGAUAAGGAUUCCGAGUAUGUCCAAGCGGUCUAUAGGAUGAGUGACUUGAUUCAUCACAGACAGAAGUCACCAUGGCUUUGGAAUGACCUUAUUUACCUUCUGUUCCAAGAAGGAAGAGAACAUUCCAGGAGUCUGAAAAUACUUCACAGCUUCACUGAUCAAGUGAUCGCAGAAAAAGCUCAAGAACUCAAAAACCAGGAGCAGCACAAAAGCGAAGCUGUCGGCAAUGGUGAGCAAAGGAGGGACAAGAAAAGGAGGGCUUUUCUUGAUCUGCUUCUGAACGCCACUGAUGAAGCGGGGAAGAAGUUAAGCUACCUGGACAUUCGAGAGGAAGUGGAUACGUUCAUGUUUGAGGGUCAUGAUACUACCUCUGCUGCCAUGACCUGGACUAUUUAUUUACUUGCACGUUAUCCAGAAGUCCAAAGAAAAGUUCACAAUGAAUUGGAUGAAAUUUUGGGAGACGCUGACCAUCACGUCACAUUGGAUGAAUUGAAGAAGCUACGGUAUCUGGAAUGUGUUAUUAAAGAAGCUCUUCGGCUUUUCCCUUCUGUUCCAUUUUUUGCCCGCACUCUCAGUGAGGACUGUUGUAUAGGAGGACAUAAGGUAUGCAAAGGACUUGAUGUCAUCAUUAUCCCUUACGCACUGCAUAGAGACCCUGACACCUUCCCAGAACCUGAAGAAUUUAGACCGGAGCGUUUUUUCCCUGAGAACUUAGCUGGGCGGAACCCAUACGCCUACAUACCUUUCUCGGCUGGGCCUAGGAACUGUAUUGGUCAGCGCUUUGCACAGAUAGAAGAAAAGACUGUUCUUGCCACCAUCCUACGGCACUUUUGUGUUGAAACUACGCAGAAACGUGAAGAACUCUAUCCUGUAGGAGAACUGAUUCUUCGUCCUAAUAAUGGCAUCUGGAUUCAGCUGAAAAGGAGAUCAUCUUCUACCUCUUAAAAUAAGGAAACAACAGGAAGAUUCCCUGCCUGAGCACACUUGGACCAUUUUCAAUAAAGAUUCUGAAUUUUCAUAGCAGGACACUUCA